AGCUGGGUCAUCAUGUGACCAUGAGUGAGCCCUUUCUCCUCUGAGGGAAAUGCUACUCCCAUUUACAUCAGUGUAAAUGCAGAGUAAUUCCACUGCUUUCAAUGAAAUUGCUCCAGAUUUACACUAGUGUGCCUGACAGCAGAAUCUACCUCUCUGGUCUGCAGUUUCCCUUCUGUAAAAUGAGGAUAAGAUUUACCUAACUUUAUACAUCUUUGAAUGAAAAGGUUAUACAAAGAUCGAAAAAGUAAUUGGUCUUGAUUAUAAUCCCAUUCAGUCAAUGGGCCUGAUUAUCCUCUCACUCAGCCAGUGUAAAUCAGGAGUAACUCCAUUGUAGUCCAUGGAACUUAUUCUCCUCUCUCUCACUCAGAGUAAUGUAAAUCAAGAGUAACUACACUGCAGUCAGUGGGGCUGAUUCCUUCACCUCAAUUCCCAGAUCACAUCAAUCUUGGCAGGAUAAGGAUGCGAUCUUAACUCAAGGAAAUUAUGGUGGUUUACACAAAAGGACAGAUAUUUUACUAGUCUAAUCCUGACCAUUGUCCUUCCCUCUACAGACAGUUCAUAAUGUACUGAGAAAGAAAAUGUCCAACCAAACCACCAUGACCAUGUUUCUUCUCCUGGGAUUCUCUGAUGUUCCAGAGGUGCAGAUUUUAUACUUCAUACUUUUCUUAGUAAUUUACCUGGCAGCACUGAUGGAGAAUCUUCUUAUCAUUACAGCAAUAGCACUUGACCACCAUCUUCACACUCCCAUGUAUUUCUUCUUGAUGAAUCUAUCUGUCAUAGACCUUGGUUCCAUCUCUGUCAACAUCCCCAAAUCAAUGGCUAAUUCUCUAACCCACACUAGGACAAUUUCCUAUGCUGGAUGUGUUGCCCAGGUUUUUUUCCUUGUCUUCUUCUUAGGAACAAAUUUUUUCCUUCUCACUGUCAUGGCAUACGACCGAUAUGUUGCUAUCUGCCAACCACUGCACUAUGAGAGAGUGAUGAACAAGAGAGCUUGUGUCCAAAUGGCAGCCAGUGCCUGGAUCUGUGGUAGUCUCAAUUCUGCACUGCACACUGGGAACACGUUUAUGUUAACCUUCUGUGGAGGCAACAUGGUGGAUCAGUUCUUCUGCGAAAUCCCGAAGCUACUAAAGCUCACCUGCUCUGAAUCAUACCUCAGUGAAGUUCAGGUUCUCUUCUUUAGUGCAUGCUUAGGCUUAAGCUGCUUUGUUUUAAUAACUUUUUCUUAUGUUCAGAUCUUCAAAACAGUGCUGACAAUUUCCUCUGAGCAAGGACGCCAUAAAGCCUUCUCCACCUGUCUUCCUCACCUUAUUGUGGUCUCUUUAUUUGUUUUCACUUGCAUCUUUGCCUACAUGAAACCCACCUCUAGUUCUACAUUUGGUCUGGAUCUCAUGGUGGCGCUUCUGUACUCCAUGUUACCACCAAUGAUGAAUCCAGUUAUCUAUAGCAUGAGGAACAAGGACAUCAAAGCUGCAUUGAGGAGACUGACUGGGUGGACGUUAUUCACCAAGAAUUAAUUGUCUGUCUGUAAAUAUCCUUUUGCUUUUUUUCUCCUGGUCCAUGUCAGUUAUUUCCAUGACAACACAAUUUAUACACAGAAGGUACAGUUUAUACUCUUGGCUGCACCAAUUCAAAUCCAAAUUAACUCCAUGGAUGUCAGCGCACUUGGGCUGAUUUACACCCGCAGGAGUUCUUGCUGAAUAAUAGAGUUAAACUGGUGUGAAUUUUGUGGGAGGGAAGAAUUGGGCUUUCAUUCUGUACCAAAACAGAGUGUAGGGGGUAGGGAUAGCUCAGUGGUUUGAGCAUUGGCCUGCUAAACCCA